GGCACCCGCAUGCUUAUAUCGCUUGCGCUAGUAUCAGCCACCGCGGGGAGGGUUUGUCGAGACGCCGGGACAAUUACAGAACGCCUCAUUGUAUUGAAAAUGGCAGAUGAAACGUCAAGUACUCCAGAUCAGGCAGUGCCAUCACCUCAGCCCCAUGUAAGAUCCAGGCCUGAUCCAGACGAUGAAGAGGAUCCAGUAGAGAAAAUGAUCAGUCAGACUGGUUGUUUGGAGCUCCACUACGCUGUUCAGGAAUGCAUGGCUGAUAAUCGUGACUGGAGGAAAUGCCAAGACCAUGUAUCAGCAUUCAAGAAGUGUAUUACAGACUCAGCAGAAAGACAAAUGAAGGCUGUUAGGGAUAAAACAUCAGACAUCAAGGAAUCUAGCUAGUAUUGCCUACUGUGCAUCCAUCAUGUACCUCAUAGAGAUCCAGUGUGGACCAAUCAUGAUUGGACAAUGAAAUCAGCAAUAGUAACAUUUAUAUUACAUUGCAAUUAUUAAUACCCUGGUCAUCGGAUCCUGGCAUACCCGCACACAAUGUAUGUUCCUCCACUCCUUUUAGAGCAUUCCAACACGAGUUCCAAGACUCAAUUGCUAAGCAUACUACUACAUUGAAAAGCUCAACUACUACAUUUAACAUCUGGGUGGAGAGUGCCAAUGUGUGGAUUGAUGCUUUGCCAAAGGAUGCUAGGCCAUGUUGGGAUUUGAACACAAGACCAUCUGAUUGUAAGGCGAGAGUCAGAACCUUUGCACUACUUUACAACUUUGUGUGUGAUAUAUUGUAGAUUAUUUUAUACACAGCCUUUAGGUUAAUAAUGUUUUCAAAUUGAUUAUAGAAUUCAUAACAUAACAUUUCUUAUGUGUACUGUGUACGAUUUAAUCACAAUUCAAUUUUUUUUUGUUCUCAAGUAAUUAUAGGAUUUGAAUAUUGAUUGUGGUUUCUAAUGAAUGAUAAUGCUCUUUAAUGAAGGUUAUAAAAAACAAGCAAAUGGAUAAUUUGAAUUAUGAAAGAGAAAAUAAAGUGCAUCUAGAAGUGCUCUUUUCCUCUCCUUUUUAAACGGUGGUUAAAACUUUAAAACUUUUUUUUCAUUGUGUAUCUUAGUGAUUAUUUAAAACAGCAUGAAAUACAGACAUGAAUAAAGCAAUAAAGUAAUACAUAAGAUGUAUUGGGCCAUCAUACUCAAUUCAGUACAUAUCAAGAUGCUUAUUAAAGUGUGUCUGUAUUUUGGGUUGUUUUAAAACAUCUCAUACCUAAUCAUCUGGAAUCACUUCUUUGGCUUGAGAUUAUGCAAGGUGGGCUUUUUUUCCAAAUAGUUAUACCUCGGUCACAUUUGCUCUACGACAGCCGUACGGCAAGUCGAAAAUAGCUGUUUUAUUCAUUAUUAUUCAUACUACCUAUAUGUAGCUAUGGAGUGAGUGAUCUGUGAGUUGAAUGAAAGUAAUUUUUCAGACCAGAACAUGCAAAGCAUGCAAUAUUUUCCUCUUAUUUAUCCUCACUCAAAUAGAUGACUUUGACAGAUUCUAUGACCUAUUAUGAGGUCCAAAGUGAGAAGAAUUAUGAAAGUUCUUGAUAUGAAAACUCUGAAUAUAACUGUCUAAUAUAGUAAGAAAUAAAUUUCUAUGGGAGAAUCAAUAUUAAAGGAUGGUAUGGUAAUUAUAGAUGACAUCUGGUGCUGUAACAGCCAUUGUUCUCAGAGAAUUGUUAUUAUAUCAAAAUUUAUGAAAUGAGAUCUAUAUUUUGUGUAUUGUGAAUUUUCUAUUCAUGUGCAUAAUGUCUUGUGCAGUUUGCAAAAUUUUUAUGAAAACCUCUUUUGCUAAUACAAAUAAAAUUAUUUGCUCUAACUUUAAAACUGUUUUCAAAGUGCAAGAAGUUAUUUGUCAUCCAAUUUUGAUUUUUCACAAUAUUUUAUCCUCUCCCAAGAAUAUUCAUUGGAUCAAAGAGACCAGAGGUGUUUGACCCUAAAACUUUGAAUUUUUAAUUCCCAGUCCAGUGAUAGGUUCACUACUCCACUUUACAGUGACAUCACUCAAGGUUAAUGCAGGAUGUGAUAGUAGAUGCAUUCACAUACACUUUACAGAAAUAAAUGGAAUUUGAAAUCAUACUUUUGAAAAAAUCUAUUUCAUGUUAAGCAACUCCACAUUGGUAUCCAAACAAGCAGCAUUUUAGGACUUAACUGAACUCCUUCACAGAUUAAGAAUGCAGGCAUAAUUAUUAAGAAAAGGUUAUUAAUACAAAUAUCAAUGAUAAAAUCAUACUUGACUAGUGUUACUUGUUUGCUUUUCUCAAAGAGUUUAAAAACAUGCAGAAAUUUUUUGUAAUGUGAAUCAUGCUAAGAACCAAAAAGUUUUAAUAUUCAAGGGCUCCCAUAUGUCUAACAAAUUAUACUGAAUUAAAACAAAAUGGUUAUUUUUAGGUACAUGUAUGUGAAUGCAAAUUAUGACACCCUCAACAACACAUUUACAAGACAAAGUAAAAGAAUACAACACUUUUCAACCAGAGAAGGAAUUUAUUAUGAAUAUCAAAUAGUAUGUAUUGAGCUGGUAAAAUGGUAAGAAAGUUGCCCUUUAUAUUCCUUUGAGGGACAUAAUGACAAUAAUUACAUUCUAUAUACUCUAAAAGGUCUACAGUUUGGUAAACCACAUGUUUUUUUUUAAUACUUUCAUGCUAGUCUGAAACUGCAGAUUGAAAUUUGAAACUAUUGUCUAAGGUAGAGACUGUCAACUAAGCAACACUACAGUGAACCUAGUCUCUACAAUCAGACUGUGUAAUGCACUCUGCAAAAAUCAUGGGUUUGAGCCAGCAGACUACUGCAUUGCAGUCAGUAACGAAGGGAUUCAACCUUUAUUUCAUGUGACCAUAUUCAUAUCUUUUAUAGAAUCAAUAAAAAAAAAGUUUCUAGUAGAGACAAACAUUGAGCUACAUCAUUACCUAUAAAUGUAUAAUUUUCUAUUUGAAUGAACAAGAGAAGUGAUCAUAUAUCAAUUCUUAAUGUAAUAUAUUCCUCAACAGGUCAUACCCCUGGCUAUUUAAGCUGAUCUGGCAGCAAAUAUUAAUAUUACACCUACCAGCACUUUUAGGCCAUUUUUGUAAUGCUACUAUUCUUUUUGUAUAUUAUGUGAAUUAUCUUAAUAAGAAUAGUUCUUGUUUACUCCUACUAAUCAAAAUCAGAAAUUGUAAUAGAAUGAUCUGAAUGUAAAUUGAAUUUAUCAUUAGAAAUAUGUAAUGUGAGAUUUAAGAAAUAUGGCUUGCAGGCCCCAUUGCUACAUUCUAUUACUUGAUGUUUAAAUCUUAUAAAAUAUGAUUAAACGACAUAUACCAUGUUAUUAUUAGUUUGGAGUCGCCUGUCACAUGGUAGGAGAGUGAACUGGAUCACUAUGACCUACAGGUCUCUCCAGAUACAACUGGGGAAGUGCAGGCGGACAACUACGCCCGGGUUCCCAUUUACACUUAUACAAAGGGUGUACUGGGUUAAUGUAAAUCAACUUUUUUUUCAUUCAGGCACUUCACAACCACAUAAUAUACAUGAAUUUCAAUAGCAUUAAUAAAUGGCCUACACUCCUUGUGUUCUAAUUUUCAUCUGAAAAAAAAUGCAUCAUUAGUUAAUUGCAAUUAUCUCUCAGUGUCUUCCUCCAUAUAUUAUAGGGAAUCAUGUGUCAUGAUGAAUGCGGUGCUCCAGAACAGGAAAGAAAAUUAUUUAACAAAUAAGAAAUUUGAUUAUAUGACAUUAACAGUAAAUUCAUAAACCCAAAGACAUAUAUUUACAUAAAACUGUAAACUCGGCAAGCACAACAUUUAGGAACAAAGCUUUCUAAGACAAUAUUCUUCCUGCUCAGGAAAAUUAGAAAAAUUUGACAAUUUCAGAUACUGUUAAAAUGAGUAAAUUUUCUAUAUUUUCACAUCAUUACUCUUUCUUAAUUCAAUAUUAUUUGUAAAUUCAUUGUAACAUAGACUUAAUAUACAUCAUGAUAGUUUUUAUAUUAUAUACAUAGACCUAUAUAGAAAAGCUAGUAUGUUUGGUCCCAUAGAAUAUGUGAUAGUAAUAAUAAAAAAAAUAGUAGAUAUUUUACAUCUUUGUUAAAUUGUGCAAUAUGUUUGAGAAUGCCACAGGGAUUUCUAUACAAUAUAUCUUAUUAAAGUAUCUAAUAUAUGAUAGUGUGAAAUGCUAAUCUCAAUUUACAAAUUUCAUAUUUUCAUAAAUUACAGUACAUGGUAAAUACAAUGGAAUUCGUUAGGCUAAAAUGAAUUACAUACAAUUGUUCAUUCAUGCACUUUUUCUCUCAAGACACUGCUUAAAUAUGUAAUAUUUUCUUUAAAAUAUUUAAAUAUAAAACAAUUCUUAUUAAUUAAAAAGUCACAUCACUUCUCCGAAAUCUUGACUUAGAUUUCUCACAAACCAUUCACAUUAGAAUUUCAUCAAAACAAUUACAUUGUGAACAACACCAAGAAAUCUUCACAUUUGAAUUAAGAACAACAUAAUAAAUUUGUAAUUCUAGCAAAGAAAAAUUAAAUGUAGCUGAAUCAUUUUAUAUGCAUCAACAUGCCUACCAAAUGUUUUUUUGUUUUGUUUUAAUGUUCACACGAUAAAAACAGUCCCAUUUUGUAUCCAACAUAAUUCCAUUAAAAUAAAUGAAGAGACUCAGGAUUCCAGGCCAACUCCCCUUGGGACUGACUGGUUAUUCCACGAAUCGUUACACAAGGCAAAUGAACAUACAUUUAGAUGAGACUUUGGUGAACAAAUUCAUUAUCACACCACCCAGAUUGGACUUAAUUUGGGGACAAGUUUAAUAUCCCUUGGGUGGACAACUUUUCAUGAGAUUUAACCAUUUAUGUAAUUUUAGUCUACUCAGCUGUGAUUUUGACAAGUAAUAAAAGACCAAGAGGACUGGCAGACAUAGCUUGAACUUCAAAACAUAAAAAGAGAAAAUGAACUGUUUUACUGUGCUUGGCACAUAUUAAAUAAAAUAAUGUUUGAAAUAUAGAGAAAUAAGAAAAUACAAUUCGUCAAACUCUCUGUACAAUAUAAAAUAUAGGACACUGCUAUUACAACUAACGCUAUACAGACACCUCUUUAUGACAUAAAGAGAAGAGCAAUUUCCACUUAAGACUGAAAAAAUACUGUUGAUUUCUUAUGUACAUGAUAAAUAUAUCUGACAAAAAAGGAAUGCACUCGGUCUCUAAUUUCAUUAAUUUAUGCUGACUUUGUGAUACAAAUUCAAGCCAAGAAGACUGGCUGUAAAAUGAGGGUUCUGUAAAUUUCCAAAGAUGGAUCAUACAUGUAUGAAAAAAAACCUCAGUGGUGUAGAAGACAUAAAAAUGUCUAUAAUACAUAUUUUUAGAAUAUCACUUGCAGUUUUCAACAUUUUUAGGGGACCACAGCAAACAUAUUUUUAUGUCAUUAAAGAUUUCUUUACAAUCGAUUAAAACUAUCCUAUAAAUAACACAUUCCAUACCAUUGUUGUAAAGUCAGUCUCUUUUGAGCUUUUGUUAGAAGAAAAUCAUUUGCUGACACCAGAAAUGCACCAGACAGUCUCAUUUUCAGACAUUCAUUAGUCUGAUUUGAGCAGUGUAUGUAUGGGUAGAUCAAUCAUGACUUCAUUAUAUGAUUCCAUUUAUUUAAUGUACACGGCAUUCCAUGUUGCGCGAUUGACACCACCUGUUACUAAGUGAACACUGUGAUGGUAUCAAUUUUCCCAUGAAGUGGACACUUUAUAGAAGUUAUCACUGGUAAUUAUUACUAAGCAGUGGGUCCAAGUGCAAAUUCUGGUGCCACGUCAUGGUGAAUGUUCAAUAUUUUUUUCAAAAUUAAAGCAAUAACUAAUAUUACCAUGUUUAUAUGGUCUUUUUUCUUAUCACUGUUGUUAUUGGUGAAAAGGAUGGAAAUCACAUGAUUGUAUUCAUUUUCUACUAAAAAGAAAUCUUCAGAAUCUGUGAGAUUAGGAGAAAUUGAAGCAUCUUUGGGAGGAGUCCCCUUUCUGUCUCAGAAACUUUCUACAGAAUUGAUAUAUAUGUACUAACAUUUGAUACCUUGGUAUUCAAGUCAAACCAAAGAACACCUCCGAUGAUUUAUACUGUAUGUCCAAAGGACCAAAAAGAGAUAUGCAAUCAAUUCUAAGGGUGAAUAAAACUAGUCAUGUGAAAAUCUUAUCAGUGACACAACUGUCUGGCUUUGAAUCUGG